AUGGCAUGGUGCCCCCCCCCUCCCAUUUUACCAGACACUAUGCAUCCCUCUGACGUUCCAGAUGCUGUUCCCGGUAAUGCCGAUAUCCUCGAAGACACUUCACUAAAGUCAAAUCAUGCAUAUUUAGAAUAUUCGAGGGCACUUCGGGACCUUACUUUUAAUUCCAAACCAAUAAUAAAUGGUCUUACCAUCUUAGCUCACGAAUAUUCCCGUUCCUCUAAUUCGAAGCCUGUUGCAGCCGCUGUAUUGGACUAUUUUUUAAAGAACCUUCCCCUACCAGUGGCCGAUUAUGUUCCACUAUUUACAAGUAAAAUAGCAUAUGCAUUUUCCACCGUAUUUUUAUCGCUAAAAUUCGAUCAUUCAAAUCCAAACGACCAAAGGGAUUUUUUGCGCGUACUUCAGACAUGGCAUAAUGUGUUUCCGCACUCCACCAUUAAAGAAAUAGAGGCCGCAAUUUUCGGGAAUACCAAUCCCAUCCCCUCUUCUUCGCAUGCCUCUAGCAUCGGCACCGAUGCUGGAAAUGAUCAUGGUAAGUCUCAAUCGAAUGUAUGGAUGCAACAACAGCAACCACAUCUAUCAAGAAACUCGAUUCCCGCAUAUCCUCAAGUGGGAUAUCCUUUUCAUUUUCCAACCUCACCUUAUCAUCAGCAUCCAUUUGGGACCCAUUAUCCAAUCAACCAAUUCAUCGGCCAGAUGUCUUCUGCUCAUCAAUCUGGCCAGACGCCGCCCCAUCUUCAACCUAGGAGCCAGGCACCUCAUCUAGCGCAACCUUUUGUUCAGCCCACCCAAUCUUCUGCUAUUUCUCGUCCUGGUCAUGCUUUAAACGAGCCUGUUACUUUUACAUCGGGAAAUCCAUUAGAUUUAUUGGAAGAACUGAAAGAUUUUUUGCAAACUUCUUCAAGUGACCAACUCUUUUUUUACCGAUCACCGCCUGUUAGGGUGGAUCUUUCGUUUUCCGGCAUUCAAAGCAUCACUGCUGAUUUCUUUUCUUUCCUCUACGAGAAACUCCCUUUACAAUGUCACGUGUGUGGACUGAGAUGGGGGGAUGAUUCCAGCCACAGGAUGCUGUUUGACCACCAUCUAGACAUCCAUUUCAGGAAGGCCCGCAGGAACCAGGAUCCAUCUUUUCGAAGGAGCUUGGCUAGGCAAUGGUACCCGUUGGGAGAAACCGAGUGGAAAUUGCUACGCCUGACGGGAAAACCAAACGAUAUAAGCACGGUUGAGGAAAGGAAGCCUCCAGAACCCCCUGUUUCAAAGCGAACCCGACAUGAAAGUGUUGACCCCAACUAUUCUGACGAAGAAAAUGGAGACGAAGACACCCCGGAGAGCCUCUUUAUUCCUAAAAGGCCAAAUUUUUCUAACCGCCUCCCUAACAAUGGCAAUGAAGAUGAGGAUGACGAAUGA